AUGCUGGAAACAAGGCAAAAAGCUUUUGAUUGGAUUGUCAACAAGGAUCCCAUGCAGUUGGAGUAUGACUCUCCCAACUUGGUACAGAGGUUCGUUUUGGUUCUCUUCUACUACCAAACCACAAGGCACAAGCCAUGGAAGGAGUGCAAUCCACCUGCAACUGGCCGAGGAAGCGCAUCAGUUAAUUUCUGCUAUGAGCCAGAUUAUUUAACUGGCGAAGCAACAUCAACCAUCUGGGGUGAUCACUGGCUCUCUGCCAGUCACGAAUGCAAGUGGGCCGGCAUAACUUGCGCAGAAAAGAAGCAGACAAAUGAAAUUAAUUUUCGAUCGAAUCAGCUCAAUGGCCCUCUUCCCUGGGAGAUCGCAUAUUUGCCUCAGCUAAAGGAGCUUGUUUUACUCAGCAACAUGUUGACUGGAGUGUUACCCCAAAAGCUCUUUUCCAAUCAGUCAAGCCUUACCCUGGAAAACCUUCACUUGGAAGGAAACAGAUUAACUGGGACAAUCCCAGGAGAAUGGUUUGUAAAUCUUCAGGAAGGAAAUGGCAAACUUUCCAACCUUCGGAUAUCUUCAAAUAGAUUGACUGGGAAGAUUCCAUCCGAAGUGGGUCUGUUUCCUUUGAAGCGGUUGUCUUUGAGCAGAAAUGCACUGAUUGGGUCCCUUCCAACAGGACUAUUUGACCAAACUUCUUUGGAGUGGCUCUUUUUGGGUGAAAAUGAGCUGACUGGUUCCCUUCCCAGUGAAAUCGGACUUCUAACUGGUUUGCAAUACCUAGACUUGAAUCACACUAGCAUUUCAGGGUCCUUGCCCCCAGAAAUUGGCCAGCUACACGAGUUAAGAAGCUUGAGGCUUUUGAACACCAGAAUGAAAGGGACAAUUCCUGAAGCAAUAUAUUCUGAGCUGAAGAAUCUAAUUGAACUCAGGCUCAGCAAAUGCAACUUCUCAGGUACAAUCAGUUCAUCCCUGGGUCUGCUGACAAAUCUAGAGUUACUGAAACUGGCCAACAACCAGUUCCAUGGCACCAUCCCAGAUGAGAUUGAGGCAUUGACACUACUAAGGGAACUUCUGGUGAAUGGGAAUGAUCUAUCUGGCACAGUUCCAGUCUCUAUCUGCCAGCAAUUCUAUGCCGAGGAAAAAGCUUCCAAGGUUGUGGCUGACUGUCUGCCCAAUCCAGAAACUGGAGUUCCUUCCAUCCAGUGCCCUUCUGAUUGUUGCACCAGUUGUUGCGACAAGACAGGAGUUUGCCUAGCGACUUGA